GAGAACGAAGAAAUUGCAAAUUGGGAACAGAACAAAUCACAGAAAAUCAUAAAAAAAACAAUCAAUGGAAAAGGAUGAAAAAUACUUAGAAGUUGCUUUAUUCUACUUUAAUUAAUUGUUUUACAAAAAUACCUUGAAAUAAUUGUAAUAAUAAUUUGUUCUGGCAUCAAGUUUUCAUUGAGGGUGUUAAUGGGUGCAGAAUUAGUUGGUUGUCAACACGCAUGUUUUCUAUAUUAGCAUUUUUUCGUUCUUAUUGUGUGACGGAGCUAAAGUGAGAAGCAAAAGAUAUAUAGGCCAAGCCGCCGUUACCUAUUUUAAUAAUUUUGCUAUAUCUAUACAAAUUUGCAAUUAUUUUAAAAGGUGUUAUGAGAAACUAUGGCGGUUAAGGUGCAAUUUGAGAUUGGUCAUACGUCAAAAUUACGUAGUAAAAAAACUCCAGAAGGUUUUACACAUGAUUGGGAAUUAUAUGUAAAAGGGGUAUCUGGGGCCGAUAUAAGUUGUUUUGUGGAAAAAGUGAUCUUCAAUUUACAUGAAUCGUUUCCCAAACCAAAACGCGUGUGCAAGGAGCCGCCAUAUACAAUUCAAGAGUCGGGCUAUGCUGGUUUUAUGUUACCCAUCGAUAUUUAUUUUCGUAUUCGCGAGGAACCUAAACGGGUGCAGUUCAAUUAUGAUUUAGAUUUGCAACAGACAGGCCCACCUCAACAUAGAUGCGACAUACAGAAAUUUAUAUUCGAUAAUCCCUCGGAAGAAUUCCGUUUAAAAUUGCUUAAAGGUGGAGGCGUACCGGUAUCAGGGGUGGUACCUGGUACAGUUGGAGCAACUAUGGUAUCAUCAGCAAUGGCUGGUGACAAUCACAAACCUCUACCAGUGACCGAAAUUAAAAAGCACAAAUCACGUUCAGAAGAGGCAAAAUUGCCGACAUUUACUAAUCUUUUCGGCACUCCUAUAACUAAAGGCACCAAUUCAAUAACUACUCCAAGUUCGCUAUCUUCGGCUAAACAUUCACCCGAUUUAAAACCAACUGUUGCAAACCCAUUGUCUUCAAAAUCUUCAGUUAAUGUAACAAACAGUAAUUCCAGUUCAGGCACAUCAUCAAGAGAAAAAUCGAACAAAGAUAAAGAUAAAUCGACAUCAUCUAACAGCGACAAAUCGAGGGAAAGGUCAGAAAGAAAGGAAAAACAUCACAAGCAGUCGGCUAAUAGCCCGCAUAAAGAGGCACGUGGUGGUGAAAGUAAACGGUCAGACAGCAGCAAACAUGAUAAGCGGGAUAAAAACGAAGAUAAACCGAAAAAAGAUAAAUCACGAGAUAAAGAAAAAGAACGUAGUCGUGAAAAAGGUGCCAUCACCACUGCUCAAAUUUCAUCGUCAACAUCUGCGAAACGUUUAAAUAGUCCUAAACGUGAAAUAAGUCCGUUAAAAUCAUUACAGGUUGUAAACAAUAUCAAUACAACAUUAACAGCGUCGACAGCAAUCACACAUCCCAUCGCUAGACCUUCUUCUUCCAAUAGCGGCCGCUUGGAGAAUGAACAAAAAUCUUCCUCCAAAUUGUCAAGGGAUAAUAUGAGUGAAUCCUCUAAGUCUAGGGAAUCUAAAAAGGAUUCCGGCUCUUCUUCUGGCAGCAAGAGGUCUAAAAGGGAAAAGAAGGAUAAAGACAAGGAAAGAGAUAAAGAGAAAAGACACGAGGACAAAGACAAACACAAGCCUCAAAAUCCUGUAGAAGUAACAGCAGCCGCCACUGCCAAUGUGUUACAAAUAGAAAAAGCUUCCAAGUCAAUCAUAACAGCAGCGACCACAGCCAAUUCGAACGGCACAAGUCCAGAUGUUGCAAAUACGAAGAAUCGUGAUAAAACUUCAAAAACAGAUUAUAAGACAGUAGAAAGAACAACUGAUAAACAGAACGCACUCAGUAAUAGCACACUUACGGUUGCGGCCGGAGGCCAAAGCGCUUCAUGCCUUUCUACUAACAGCGGGAACGAAAAACCGAAGAGUUCUAGUUCCAAUAAUUCCUCGACAUCCACUGCAGGACUAGCCAGUGGUCCCGAGAAGGACAAACGUUCACAUAAACAUAAAAAGAAAGAAAAAAGUAAAGACAAAGACCGAGAGCGCGAUAAAGAAAGAGAACGUGACAAAGAUAAAGACAAAGAUUCCAGAAAGGAGGCAAAGGAGUUAAAAGAUAGGUUAGAUAAACCAACGGAAGACAAAACUGAAAAUUUUACUGAUAAUAAAAGUUCAAUGCAGUUAGCUUCCAGUCCCAGUUUAACACAAAACCUAGAGGAAACUUCAACUAUUACCACAAUAACUUCAUCAGGUUCGCUUACCAACAACAACGGCAGCAGCACUACAGUGACAAAAAAAUCACAAAACAAGGAGAAGAAAUCCAGGGAGAAACCGACGUCACGGGAAGAAAAAAAUAAACAUAAAUUACAAGAUAUGAAUGGUGCGGGACUAAAAACGAAGCAGACCAAGCUAACCACCAGUCAAAGUAAUGUAUCCAUAGCGGCAUCCGUUACCACAACAAAGCCAACAAUAUCGGCAGCAACGGUGACUACUUCCAAUGUCCAAACUGAUAACCAGAUGGAAGUAAGCGACUUGGGCAGCGCAACUCCAAAGGGCGUAACUGAGCAACAAUCUUUAAACAGGAAUACUAUCCUGCCAAAUAAAUCACAAUCCACAUUACAACAUUCCGACAGUUCAAAUUCAAGUUUUCCCGAUUUACCGGUAAAGUCAACAAAUGUUAAACAAGAAUCCUCUAAAAAUAAUGCAGCCAGUACGAAAACGGUGAAAUCUACUAAGGAAAGAGAUAAAUCUUCAGAUAAAGUGGAAAAAGAGGAUAAAAAAAGAAGACGUAAUUCAGUAGCCUGUAGCAACACCUUUAUUGAACCUCCUCUAAAACAAAGCAAAAAGGAAGUUAACAAAGCCACAAGGGAAAAAUCGAUAUCUCCUUCGCUACGUAACGCAAGCACGAAAGCGACUUUGCCAGAAGUCAACACGUUUUUGCAACCCAGUCCCUCACCCUCAAGCGUGGCCUUGACCUCGACUAACACAUUACCAACACCUCCACCGACAACGGCAACACCGUUACAAGCUACCACUCCUUCACCCGCCUUAAAUAUAAACGACACACUUACUAGUGCCAAUUGUCCAGCCCCAUUAACGGUUACCAGCACGCAACAGCAACAAUCAUCCGUUGUAGUGUCGACACCUGUAUCACAACCGCCGCCAACCUUGGCUACGGAUUAUUGGAGUGAAUUGCAAGAAUUGCAUCAUAAAAUUAUGACUUUACAAGAUAAUGAAGAUUUGCAACAAGUAGUUGAACUAAUUGCUUCUACCGGUUGCUACGAGAUAACGACAAAAACAUUUGAUUUUGAUCUUUGCAAAUUGGAUCGCAAUACCGUACAACGUCUGCAAGAUUUCUUUGCAACAUCUGUAUCAUGACAUAAAAUACAUUUUUAAAAGGUUUACUAAACGAAGGUGAACAAGCGAAAGGUUUAUGAAAACCAACUUAGAAAGAGGAUAAUGGAGGUAAGAUAUAUUAUCUUAAAUUUUAAAAAAUUCGCAAAAGCCACGAAUGUUGCCUAGUCAACAAACUAAGAUAAUGGUAUAUUUCUCGUUAGCUCCGAUCGGCGGUAGUCAUUUUGUUCUCCUUUAAUAAUUAUGUCAAAUCCUUAUACAAAUGGAAUUUUAAACUUAAGCUUAACUAAUAAGGCUGCUUUCGGUCAAGUCAAUCAAAAUCGGCAUUAACUAACAGAAAUAAUGUUUGGAGAUUUCCGUAGCAUUAAACAAACUUCAUAAAAAAGCAAACUCGGUAUUGCGAUAUGCCUAAGUGAUCUUUUUGUGAGAUGCUAAAUAUAAACGGAGCUCCCGUUCACGAACAUACAGAUGCAGAAGCAGAUGGAAUAAUGUGGCAAAAAUUACACAUUAUUAUUAUUCGGGAAGAAAUCAAAGUUUUUCGUCCUUGCGAAUGCUUUUUUGAUACACACUUUUAAAGGUAUCCAACAUUAGCACAACCUUUGUGCUUCUGUAAUCUAAUAAAUUAAAUUCUUUAAGGAAAAAGCUAAUCAUCAAGAGGAAACAACCCUUUGCGAACAAUCGAUUUAAUUGAUUUUGAUCCUUUUUUCAAUUUUAUUAUAGAUGACUUGCGAUAAGUCUUAAAUCGGAUAAUUCAACCAAUACUGCGUUCUUUCUUAGCAAACACAUCAUAAAAAAGAAAAGCGAUUAAUAAAGAAAUAUUAGGUGAUUAACAUUAUCAUUACAUUUAAGUGCAUUAAUUCUUAAGCAAAUAAUUAAAAA